GUUGCACCACCGUUUCAGCCCAGUAGACGGUCUUAGAGGCGGUGCAACAAAAUCCCGGACGAUCGACUGCAGGAGCCAUCAUCCUGUGAAUCUCCUCUGCUCAGAUUCCCGUCUCCUACUCGACCGUCCUCUUACCCACCUGUCCAAAAUGCGCGAAAUUGUGCACUUGCAGGCCGGCCAGUGCGGAAACCAGAUUGGAGCCAAGUUCUGGGAGGUGAUUAGCGAUGAGCACGGCAUUGAUCCCACCGGUACCUACCAUGGAGACAGCGACCUGCAGCUAGACAGGAUCAGCGUCUACUACAAUGAGGCCACAGGUGGAAAAUACGUUCCACGAGCCAUCCUGGUGGAUCUGGAGCCUGGAACGAUGGAUUCGGUGAGGUCUGGUCCCUUUGGACAGAUCUUCAGACCAGACAACUUUGUCUUUGGCCAGAGUGGAGCUGGAAAUAACUGGGCCAAGGGCCACUACACUGAGGGAGCAGAGCUGGUGGACUCUGUUCUGGAUGUAGUGAGGAAAGAGGCUGAGAGCUGCGAUUGCCUCCAGGGCUUCCAGCUCACUCACUCUCUGGGCGGAGGCACUGGCUCCGGCAUGGGCACCCUGCUGAUCAGCAAGAUUCGCGAGGAGUACCCCGAUCGCAUCAUGAACACCUUUAGCGUGGUGCCUUCCCCCAAAGUGUCUGACACCGUGGUGGAGCCUUACAACGCCACCCUCUCUGUCCACCAGCUGGUAGAGAACACAGAUGAAACCUACUGUAUUGACAAUGAAGCCCUCUAUGACAUCUGCUUCCGCACGCUUAAACUCACCACUCCAACCUACGGAGAUCUCAACCAUUUGGUGUCCGCCACCAUGAGCGGGGUGACCACCUGUCUGCGUUUCCCUGGCCAGCUCAACGCCGAUCUCCGCAAACUAGCCGUCAACAUGGUGCCCUUCCCCCGUCUGCACUUCUUCAUGCCAGGGUUCGCCCCGCUCACCAGCAGGGGCAGCCAGCAGUAUCGCUCACUGUCUGUGCCUGAGCUCACUCAGCAGAUGUUCGAUGCCAAGAACAUGAUGGCUGCCUGCGACCCACGCCACGGCCGCUACCUGACCGUGGCCGCAGUCUUUAGAGGUCGCAUGUCCAUGAAGGAGGUGGAUGAGCAGAUGCUGAAUGUGCAGAACAAGAACAGCAGCUACUUUGUCGAAUGGAUUCCGAACAAUGUGAAGACCGCCGUCUGUGACAUCCCACCCCGUGGCCUCAAAAUGGCCGCCACUUUCAUUGGCAACAGCACCGCCAUCCAGGAGCUGUUCAAGCGCAUCUCCGAGCAGUUCACCGCCAUGUUCCGUCGUAAGGCCUUCCUCCACUGGUACACGGGCGAAGGUAUGGAUGAGAUGGAGUUCACCGAAGCCGAGAGCAACAUGAACGACUUGGUGUCCGAGUAUCAGCAGUACCAGGAUGCCACCGCUGAGGAAGGAGAGUUCGAGGAAGAGGGAGAGGAGGAAGUUGCAUAAAACCUCCGCGCAACUGGCUCCCUGAGCUCCUUUCACCUCGCCCAUUACCCCCCUUUUUUCCUUCCCCCCCCCCAUCAUGAAUUGAAUGGUUCGCCACACUUGAACAGAUCACUGUUGCUCUAGUGUUAGACAUUGGUGUUAACUGGUGCUAGUGAAGUUUUUGGUUCAAAUGUUUUUGUAUGUCGUGAAUGCACUGAACUACUGACAUCCUCACAUCUGUCCUGUCAUUGCCUUGCCGAAGUCAAAAGCAAGUGAUUUUAACUGUGAAGCCUUGAAACUGGCGAAAGAAUAAAAUCUAAUUUAAAUGCCAAA